ACCAUAUCACGGAUUACCUUCACUAUAUCGAAAAACACAAGAAAUAUGGAAUUUUGAUAUAUCUGACGAUAUACACAAUUUGUGUUUGGCUAUUCUUACCUGGCUCAAUAAUAAGCAUAGCCGCGGGUUUCCUGUUCAAACCACCGAUAUUAGCAGGCGCCAUCAUUAUAAUUGGCGAUGUUUUCGGGGCAUUGGGAACUUUUCUCUUUGGGAGAUAUAUCUUUUCGGAUUGGGUCAAGGCUCAGAUCGAUAAAAGGCCGGUGUUCGCUGCUUUGAACAAUGUUAUAACCGAAGAAGGAUGGAAAAUCGUGGUUAUGCUACGUCUAACUCCGAUACCGUUCAACCUUAUAAGCUAUUUCUUUUCGGUCAGUUCUAUAGAUCUUUUCACAUUCCUUUGGGCAACCGCUGUCGGAGUUUUGCCCGGUACCUUUAAUGCGGUAUGGAUUGGAUCACUCGUGAAAAGUUUGAGUGGUUUAGACAAUCCGAAUCUAAAAAACACAGAUAUCGUAAUUAUCACGAUGAAUGUUAUAUUCGUUGUGUGCUGUGUGGUCGCAUUAUCAAUAUUCGGCAAGAGAUCUUUGCGCAAGUCACUGUUGAAAUUGCAGGCUUCCAAGGAGUCAACCAAUAAUAAUGUUGAAGUUACUCCACUCAUCUCAGCAGAGUCCAUCCCCGACGAGGAAGCUAAUCAUCCAUUGGUGGAAGAGGAGCCCCUGACGAUUCCCGAAACUGGGCGUUUCACACGUGCUGAAAGAAUUACCCUUUUCAUAAUUGGUAUAGUGGCAUUCCUCAAUUUGGCGAUUUCUGUGCCGCUAUAUUUUUACUUUAAAACCCAUGAGCCAGAUCCUGGAAACGUAAAGUAG